AUGCUCGUCACAACGACACCCAAGUUCAAAAUAAUACAAUUGAGUGAUAUGCACAUUGGGCAAGAUACUGGCGCAUGCUACGAUGAUUACAAAUUUGAUAUCGAUACUCUCGAAUUCGUCAAAUCUGCGAUACAACAAGAAGGCGACGUCCAACUCAUCGUCAUUACAGGCGACAUGAUCGAUGUCCCACAAACCACGCAUUAUGGAUCUGUGGUUUUGAAAGCCUUGUCUCCCGUGUUUAAGUCAGGGAUUCCUUUUAUUUUCACAUUCGAAGAUUCGGAUUAUAGGUGCACGGGUCACUUCAACAAGAUCGAAAUCUUGAAUUUCACCGCCAGUCUUCGUGGGUGCUAUAACAAACAAUACGAUGACCUAGACCACAGGCUACACGGAUUGUCCAACGGGAAUUUGAAAAUCUGCAAUGUACAAUCGACGUCAGAGGAUGGGCAAAUCAAUUUGCAAAACCUUUCGUUGAAACCCGCAAACGCUCUUGUUACCUACCUAGACUCGGAAGGUAAAAUGGUAAAAGACUCGCAGGCCAAUUACGUGUACCGUGUCAACCAUAAACAAAGUUCUGAUACUGAGAAUAAGCUUCUCUUUCUUCACUACCCACUCCCGAACUCUCGUCCUAAAGGAACCGUGAAGUUGAUCGUUUCAUACAAUGAGAAACAUGAAUUGGUAACCGAAACCGGCAAAAAAUUUCUAGAAGACAUCAAGGCUAGUGGCUACAAAGCUGUUGCUGUGGGCCAUGAACACAAAACCGAUGCGUGUAUCUGGGAGGAGAAUACUAUAAUGCUGCCGCUGAAGGAUCUCAGGUCAUGUUUUUGA